UCCACAUUUCCAGUCAAGUAAAUCGCGCUGUAGUGAGAAUAAUCUGAAUUUUGACAUCUGAGCGUCCAGAGAAUUACGCAUUCGAGGGUGAACCAACUUUUACGCACGGAUCUUUGGAGAUGAGAGGUGUCACUUAUGAGGAGACUGCUGCAUUGUUGAACUAUUUGAAUGCGAUUUAAGGACCAGUGCUCGGAGUCUGAUCAUCUUUGAGUGGAGCUUUGACUGAAGAAUGGACACAUGUUAAUUUUUCUUUAAUUAUACAUUUGGAGACGUUUUUGGAUUCGCAGCGGGAGCUUAUUGGGACUGUCUCUUACACAGCAGACUGAUAUAAUAGGAACUGAGUGGCUGAAGCUUUCGUGUAUUAUAACACCUUGCAUUACGCACCUGUCCUAGAGUACCCUUGACGUCUCCCUUUGAGAGUUUUCAAAACACGAGUAUAGACAUAUUCAGACGUCUAGCCUGCGUGUGAGUCAGCGUGAGCAAACAUUUGGACAAGCGGCGCACAUAGGCAGUGACACAUUUGGGAUAUAUAACAGUGCGUGCCUUGCACAGGCGGGCAGCUCACAACAACACCGGGACGAGGCUCGGUGCAGCCGGGGGAUUGGACACCGAGGUGCUAAAUGCCCAGCCGGUCGCUUGCGGCUCCUCAGGCUGGGCGGCAACAUGAGAUCCUGGGUCCUGCUGCUGCUACUGGCUGCGCUUUCAGCGGCCCGUCUGCGGCUCGGCAGCGCUGAGGGCGAUCCGCUCCCUACGUCGCUGGUCGACCUGGUGAGGAACUCUCCCAUCUCCUCUGUGGAUGACCUGAAGCUGUUGCUGCAGCAGGAGACUAAUGCAAUAGAAGAGGAAGAAGACGAGCAUGAUAUUCUCACAAACCACACCCACGGCCGAUACACUAGAAGUCUUGUGGAUGCACCGCAAGCUCAGCAGGCGGCGUGUAAAGUUAGGACGGAGGUGAUGGAGGUGACGAGGUCCAUGCUGGACCGCCGCAACGCCAACUUCCUGCUGUGGCCGCUAUGCGUGGAGGUGCAGCGAUGUUCGGGCUGCUGCAACAGCAGGCUGCUGCAGUGCGUCCCCACUGUCACCUCCAGCAGAUACCUACAGGUGGUUAAGAUCCAGUACAUAAACAGGAAAGUCCACUACGACAAAGCCAUCAUCUCAGUGGAAGACCACGUCAGCUGCAGGUGUCAAGCUCCCUCAUCGUCUUCAUCGUCCUCCUCGUCUUCUUCAUCCUCUUCCUCCUCCAGUGUUCCCAUCUCUCACUCCUCCGCUCAGAGCAACCCCAACCCCCCUCCUCCUCCACCUCCACCACAGCAGCCUCCCCCGUCCUCCCACCUCCCACGGACCGCCCACCCUGCUCCACCCAAGACUCACACCUCCAAGGCUGACCUCCAUCGCCACGACGACCUGAAGCACAACCAGCAGCACUACCGCACCGAGGAGCGCGAGCCGGUGGCGAGGCAGUGGCAGCAGGGGAGCUACACCCAGCUGGUGCACUGGACUCAACCUAGGGUGCACCAAGCUCAAACCCAUGUGCAGGCGGGGGUGCACCAGCCAAUUACUGGGGUGAUCAGGCCGGUCAGCAGCUGGCCAUCUGAAGCGAGGGGGGAGCACAGUAUCAUGGCAGGUGCUCAGCCAGUUGGGCAAGGGAGCGGAUAUGAAGGGAGCAGGGAGGAGGGCAGCGUGGGCGUAGCAAACAGCGGCAGUGGCGUGCAUCAUCCCGAUCAUGCACAGAGGCAGCAGCAGUUGGUACAGCAUCAGCAGAAACAUCAUCACCAACAACAGCAGACGCCAUUUCAGCCGUAUAACCGCGGAGGAUCAGAGGAUUAUCACCUCAAUACUCCCCAAUCAGACAGCGCCUCCGCACUUGUUAACCCAACCCAGUCGCCCAAAUCAGAACAAUACGCCACCUCUCCCGAACCCGCCAAACAGAAAGACUCAGUGACCAGCCAAAAAAAUACAGAGGUCACGAAUCAAAAACAGACGAAGACUGAAACAGCUAGUCAUAAAGAAGGGAACGAGAGGGAGGAAAGCGGGUCGGCCAAUAGCGGGGACUCGGCCGGGGCGGAUCUGGCCAAUCAGGGACAGAAAAAAGACUCUAAAGUGACCAGUGGGGACGGUCAUUUAACAGAAGAGGAGAGGAGGCUGAAACUUCUGGAGAUGGUACAGAGGGAACCAGACCCACAGACUCAUCUUCAUCCACAUCAUCCUCACCAAAGACCAAAGCCAACCACAUUUAAAACAGUCGUCUCUACUGCGGCUCCCGUGUCACUGUCAGCCCGUCAGGCUCCGUUCCGACCGGCCUCGCCUCGCCGCAGGAGGAAACACCGCAAACGCAUCAGCAAAGCAGCCAUGAGAGCCAUGAUCAUGUAGAGCUGCAGGAAGCUGUAAAGCUAACCAAAAGCUUGAGGCCAAACAAACUGCUCCAAAGGGGUAUGGAGAUACUCGAAUGAUGGGAUUUUUCACUGUGGAAAGAC